AAUCCGAGAGCACGUCAUCAGUGGCGAUUCGUUGUUGAUUCCCCCGAUAAGCAAAACAAAGCGGCUUGAGGAGCUGAGGGCAGGAAGUGCCGAACCGCACCCUUAACAAAGAAGAAUCUGCGGCACCAACAUGCCGAUUCUAUAUAGUGUAAUUUCGCGGGGCACCACGGUGCUGGCCAAGUUUGCCGAGUGCGUCGGCAACUUUGCCGAAGUCACGGAGCACAUAAUCGGCCGGAUCGGGGUGCACAACCACAAGAUGACUUACACACACGGCGACUACCUGAUCCACUACAAUUGCGAGAACAAGUUGGUCUACAUGUGCAUCACCGACAACGAGUUCGAGCAAUCCCGGGCUUUUCUUUUCUUGGCGGAUGUCAAGCAGAAGUUUAUCCAGACUUAUGGCCUGCAGGUGGCCACGGCCAUCGCAUACUCUAUGAACACGGAAUUCUCCAAGAUCCUGGCCCAGCAAAUGGUCUACUUCAGUCAGUCACGGGAGGUGGACACCAUUUCGAGGGUCCAUGGACAGAUCGACGAGCUAAAAGACAUAAUGGUUAAGAAUAUUGACAGUCUGCGAGAUCGCGGCGAGAAACUGGAGCUGCUGGUUAACAAGACCGAAAACUUGAGCAAUAAUUCCGUUGCAUUCCGCAAAGCCUCGCGAAAUUUGGCACGACAAAUGUUUUGGAAGAACAUCCGGAUCUACGUGGUGGUGGGCCUGGUGAUAACCUUUAUUGUGUACGUGAUCGUGAGCAUGGCCUGCGGCGGCCUUGCUUGGCAGUCCUGUGUUUAGGAUGCGCUUUAAAGUUGUUUAUAUUGUUAUAGACUCAUAACUCAUGUAUAUUUGCAUAUAAAACUCUACGGUACUCUCACUAUCUAUGUUCUAUGUAACAAACGUGAAUAUAUACAGUAAAUAAUGUUGGGAAAGCCA